AUGGGUCGAAAGAAAAAGCGUGUUGCGAAACCCUGGUGUUGGUACUGUAAUCGUGAAUUCGAGGAUGAAAAAAUUUUAAUUCAACACCAAAAAGCAAAACAUUUUAAAUGUCAUAUCUGUCACAAGAAGCUUUUCACAGGCCCGGGCCUGGCCAUUCAUUGCAUGCAGGUGCACAAAGAAACGAUAGAUAAGAUACCUGCUGCCUUACCCGGUAAAGAUUCAGUUGAAGUAGAAGUUUAUGGUAUGGAAGGUAUUCCCGAUGAUGCUCAAGAGGAAAGUACAAAGAAAGAGACGAAGAAUACAACUGCUCCGGUGCCUCCUCUAGUAACUCCAUUUCCAAUGCUACCUCCAGGUAUACCGCCUAUGAUUCCCGGUUUUCCACCUCUUCCACCUUCAGGAAUUCCUCCGUUUGGGCCGCCGUUUAUGCCAGGAGUACCGACACCACCAAGAGCUCUUCCGCCACUUCCAGUUGUACCUCCAGGUGGUGCCCAACCUGCACUCACAAGCAUGAAUUUACCACCUCGGGUACCAAUACCAAAUGGCCCGAUGGGAAUGCCAGGAAUUCCUGGUCCGGGAACAAUCAGUGCACAGCCUACACCUUCUGUACCAGCAGCUUUCCCAGCCUAUAGUGAUCCUUCUUCUAGUAAAACUGCAGAACCGGAACGGAUCCGGGAAAUACCCAAUCAAAUCCAAAGACUGGGGGCAAAAAUACACAUCAUGCAUCCUGACGAAGACAUAUCUUUGGAGGAACGAUUGGCAUUUUGCAAGGGAUUUAUCUAG